AUGUCCUACUCUGGCGGCGGUGGUGGCACACUCACCGUGCCGAGCCCGACCCACGUUCAUCACGUUGACGUCCUGGCUACCUCUGUCAGGAGUCUGAGGCGAUCUCUUUCACGAUCACCAUCAAGAUUCAACCUCGCUCGCACCAACCCGCACCCGCACCCGCACGGGUCGGAUUCCCCAAACAACUCCCACUCACCCGUGGAUCGGUCACCUUGCCGCCGAUACAGCCCUAGCAUGUCCACAAGGAGCCAGACUCCAUCACAGCAGCCGGCCACGACUACACCCCCAUCCAACUUCGUGUCUACAACUCCCCAACACCCACCUCCCACCGCGUCUUCUAUUUUCUCACCCAAUGUCAAGCUCUCGCUGCGCUCCGCGAAAAAGCAAUCUUCGACACCUCCCCGGCCGUUCUCGAGGCUGAGAGCAUCCCCGAAGUCGCCCCUCAAGCGUACCCUGAGUGUCACCAACGAGACAGACAUUCCGGGUUCUAUGCCAGGUCCUGACUCACCCGGCCAGGAGAACAGUAGCAGCAACAGCAACAACAUUUCCACCACGCCACGAAGCCCGCUUCCCAGGAGUUCCAUUCCAAGGAGACCGCUGGAAAAGUCAUCCCGCCACAGCCUUCACCUCGACGUCUCCGGCUCUGUGCAUCAAAACAUCUUCAGAGCCAUGGACAAUUCUGAACUGCCGCCAGGAACGGCUGGUUCGGGCGCAUUGAAGCGCAGCGACGCUAUCAUGGAUCUCGACCAGCCGAAUGUCAGCAGUCCCGUUGCUAAACGACGCAGUCUGCACGGAAUUGCGAGCUUCGGAUAUACCGAGACGGGCGCGAAUAUUUUUGGGGGGUCGACACCCGUCCCGUCGUCAACGAACUUCGAGAUUCAUGACGACACCAGCAGUAGCAACCGUGAAUACGAGCUUUUCGGUAGUGGCUCGGUCGCGCACCGUGAGCCGCUUCCUUCGCCCACACCGCCAGCACCAUCCAUUCCUCGGAGGACCGGGUCGUUAAGGAAAUCCACACUUCAGCAGCGACAGCAUGACCGAAGCUCGUGGGGCCGCCGUUCGGGCGCGAACCAUCUAGCUCAGAUGAGCGGAGACUUUUCGACACCCAACGCCAAGAACCGUCCUCGCCUAUCGCUCGACCAGUUUCUACCUCCUCAGAUCAAUCGCGACAGCCCAUUCUCGUCUAGCAUUCCUCUCCCUAACCCCUCCGUACACCCGGUCGAUCGCUCGUCCAACCAGCCUCAUCCGCUAUCGAAGACGCUGACCACCUCGUCCAGCGGUCCUCGCCACGGUCGCAGGGGCAGUCUUCUUAGUCUUGAUGGCGAGGAUAAGAAGUUCACCUUUGAGAGCAACCAUGUCAUUCCUUUGGGCGUUGACAUUGACGCCCCUCCGACACCAACGAAGCAGAGCACCACCCCGACUUUCGGCAACCUCUCCGCCAGACGCUUGGGUGCCGAGAGCCCAACCGCCAAUCGAUCCAUCAGCAUUCCCUUUUCUGCCGUCCGACCCGAGAUCUCUCGUGAAUCGACUGCCAGCCCCGUCGAGCAGCAUACUCCCAGGACACCGCAGGCCGCCGUCAUCAUUCCUGAUGCCAGCUGUCUGUCCAUCUCCAACGCACACGAAUCAACACCAUCUCAGGGCGUGCGCCCCCCUGUCACACCUUCUGGACGCGAAUCGUUCCAGUCCGUCGGUACUCAGCUCAUGACGCCCGUUAAUGGCCGUGGCAAUGGCGACAUUGACGAUUCCCUAUACGCGCGCUUUGAUAAGGUCGAGUUGGUGGGCAAGGGCGAGUUCUCUUCUGUCUUCCGUGUCGUCAAGUGCACUUCGGCCCGCGCCUCGUUCCUUUCCAUCUUCAACGGCACCCCUAGCCGCCACUCUCCUGGUAGCCCUGAGCCUGAUCGCAUCUAUGCGGUCAAGAAGGCACGCCGCGCCAUCAUGGGCCCCAAAGACCGUGAGAACAAAAUGAGGGAGGUUCACGCACUUCAAGCUCUGACGCACGCCGAUCACGUCAUACACUAUGUAGACAGCUGGGAGCACGAGCUCCAUCUGUUCAUCCAGACGGAAUUCUGCGACGAGGGAACUCUCGACAAGUUCCUGAGCAAUGUUGGUUGCAAGGGCAGGCUGGACGAUUUCCGCAUCUGGAAGGUCAUUCAUGACAUCAGCCUGGGCUUGCAGAGCAUUCACGACGCUGGCUUCAUCCACUUGGACCUGAAGCCUGCUAACAUCCUCAUAACAUUUGAGGGUAUCCUUAAGAUUGGUGAUUUCGGACUGGCGACCGCAUGGCCUGCUGCAAAGGGCGUUGACGCCGAGGGCGACAGAGAAUACAUCGGUCCCGAGAUCCUGCGUGGCAAAUUUGACAAGCCUGCGGAUAUCUACUCUCUGGGACUUAUUCUUGUCGAGAUGGCUUGCAACGUUGUUCUCCCAGACAACGGUCCUGCAUGGGUCGCGCUGCGUUCUGGUGACUUUUCCGAAGUCCCGAGCCUGACCUUCAGCGCGAGUUCUGCGACGCAAAUCAGAGAUGUGGCUGGCGUUCCGACUGGUCUGUCGCAAGACGACCUGUCGCUGAACCAAAGCAUUGUCUCAGAUAUUGCUGUCAACUUCAACGACUCCUUCAGCAAACCGCCCUUCCACGCAGGCAGUAGCCCUAUCUCUUCGCCUAAGCGGUCGGAGCUGUUGUCUCCUCCAGACUUCAUGUGUGACGCCUUCCACCCAGACUCACUAGACCAGGUCGUCCGAUGGAUGACGAAGCCUGAGCCGAGUGAGCGCCCCACGAUUCAGCAGCUUCUGGGGUCCGCCGGAAUGACUUGGGUCGCCGAUCGCCGACGAUCAGCUGCCACGGUUUUCGAGGGCGUCUGGGGACCUGGCGACAUGGCCACUAUCAGCUCUGAUGAGGAUACAGAGAUGACCGAUGUGUGA